GAUAAACACGUAAUUACGCAUUUCAGCGUAAUCACAACAAUAAACAAGAGAUAAAUAUUAAAUAAUUUUUGUGAAUAAACAUAAACAAAGCAAUCGCUAGAUGCUUUUGCAGAAUUUGAAAUACAUUAAGAUAAAGUAUUAAGUGCAAUGAGCAUGAGUGACGACGACAGAGAUAUUGACAUUGAAAGCGACGAUGAUGCUGACUCCGAUACUGGAUUGGGAUCCUCACGCCAUACCAGCACAGCGAAUUUUACCCAAGCCGAGAAACGAGCCCAUCACAAUGCUUUGGAGCGGCGACGACGAGAUCAUAUUAAAGAGAGUUUCACUAAUCUGCGAGAAGCUGUGCCCACGCUAAAGGGUGAAAAGGCUAGUCGCGCUCAGAUCCUAAAGAAGACCACCGAAUGCAUACAGACGAUGAGACGAAAAAUCAGCGAAAAUCAAAAAGAUAUUGAUGAAAUCAAAAAACAAAAUGCCAUACUGGAACAGCAAAUUCGUAGUCUAGAGAGUCCAAUGGCGAAUGGGGAUUCUUAUGUUGAAUAUUUCAGCGAAGAGGAUGUGGGUAGCGAGGAUGUGGAUGAUGAUGAGGGUUUGGGUCAACAGGAUUUCAGUAGACGCAAUAAAAAGAUGAAAACCUUUCACGCUUAGCCUUUACCCGAAUAAUACUUCGAUAUUGUCGAAUAAAUGAGAUCAUUAUUUUUAUCUAUCUUGCUGCGACACUUAAAAAUUGAUUAACUGUUGCUCAAAACUGUGUUUUGAAAAUAUACAAAAAUUUAAAUUAAAUUCA